AGAAAAUGAAAAUGUUGUGUUUGUUUUUGAUGGUCUGGAUAAAUGUCGCCUUCCUCUGGACUUCCAGAAUAAUAAGAUCUGCAGUGAUGUCACAGAGUCAACUUCAAUGGAUGUGUUGCUGACAAACCUCAUCAAAGGGAAUCUGCUUCCCUCUGCUCACAUUUGGAUAACCACCCGACCUGCAGCAGCCAAUCAGAUCCCUCCUGAGUUUGUUCACCAGGUGACAGAGGUACGAGGGUUCAAUGACCCACAGAAGAGUACUUCAGUACUUCAGGAAGAGAAUCGCUGAAGAGGACCUGGCCGGCAGAAUCAUGUCACACAUAGAGACAUCAAGGAGUCUCCACAUCAUGUGCCACAUUCCAGUCUUCUGUUGGAUUUCAGCCACUGUCCUAGAGAGAUUAUUGGUUGAAGCAGAGAAUCAUGAGAUCCCCAAGAAUCUGACUCAAAUGUACACUCACCUCAUGAUCUUCCAGUCAAAACUGAGGAGUCAGAAGUAUCCUGUAGAGCAUGCCAACAAUUCUCACUGGGAUAAAGAGAUGACUCUGGCACUGGGAAAACUGGCUUUUCAACAGCUAGAAAAAGGCCAUCUGAUAUUCUAUGAGGAAGACCUGAGCGAGUGUGGCAUUGACAUCAAGGAUGUUCAGUGCACUCAGAUCUUCAGAGAAGAGUCUGGGCUUAACCAGAUAAAGGUGUACUGCUUUGUCCAUCUGAGUAUCCAGGAGUUUCUGGCUGCACUAUAUGUGUUUCUCAUGUUUACUAAUGACAACAACAAUCUGAUGGCUAAAGAGAAAUCCCUCCGCAACAAAAGCAGUCUAUAUGAAGAUGCAGUGGACCAUGCCUUGCAGUUUGAAAAUGGCCAUCUGGACCUUUUCCUCCGCUUCCUUCUAGGCCUUUCACUGCAGUCCAAUCAGCAUCUCCUACAAGGCCUACUGUCACCAACAGGAAGCGGCUCACAGAGCAACAAGGAAACAGUCAGGUACAUCAAGGAGAAGAUCAGAAAGAAACUCCCUCUGCAGAGGUGCAUCAAUCUGUUCCACUGUCUGAAUGAACUGAAUGAUCAUUCUCUAGUGGAGGAGAUCCAAAGCUACCUGAGAUCAGGAAGUAUCUCAAAAUCUAAACUCUCAUCUGGACAGUGGUCAGCACUGGUCUUCAUGUUACUGACCUCCGAGAAGCUGGAUGUGUUUGACCUGAAGAAAUAUAUCAGAUCAGAUGCGACUCUUCUCAAAUUUCUCCCAGUUGUCAGAUCCUCUAGAACAGCCCUGCUGAACGAAUGUAAACUCACCAAGAAAAGCUGUGAGGCAAUCGCUUCUGUUCUCAAAUCAAACUCAUGCUGUCUGAGAGUGCUGGACAUGAGUGGCAAUAAACUCCAGGAUUCAGGAGUGAAGCUGCUCUCUGCUGGACUGGAGGAUUCACACUGUAAACUGGAGACAUUGAAGUUGAUUGAUUGCAAUCUAACUGAGAAAUCCUGUGAGGUGCUGGUUUCAACUCUCAGCUCAAACACCUCAAGUUUAAGAGAGCUAGACCUGGGAGGAAAUGAACUCCAGGAUUCAGGAGUGAGAUUCAUCUGUGCUGGACUUGAGAAUCCACAAUGUAAAUUGGAGACACUGAGGCUUGCAGGCAGCAGAAUCGAAGAGGAAGGCUGUGUUUCUCUUGCUUCCGCUCUGAGGUCAAACCCCUCCCACCUGAAGGAGCUGGACCUGAGUGGAAAUACUUCAGGAGACUCUGGAGUAAAGCUGCUCUCUUCUGUACAAGAGGAUCCCCUCUAUAAACUGGAGACACUGAGCCUGGCAGGCUGCAGCAUCACAGAGGAAGGUUGUCCUUCUCUUGUUUCAGCUCUGAGGUCAACCCCCUCCCACCUGAAGGAGCUGGACCUGAGUGGAAAUACUCCAGGAGACUCUGGAGUAAAGCUGCUCUCUUCUGUACAAGAGGAUCCCCUCUAUAAACUGGAGACACUGAGGUGA